ACACUCUCUCUCAUUCAUUCUUUAACCGGACCGGAGAGCAGCGCGAGACGUUCACGCAUCAACCGAAGAGGAUAUUAAAAUAGCAUCACGUCACCAGAGGAUGUUGGCGUUGAUGUUGCUCGUCGCCGUGAGUUUGUCCGGCGGCGGCGGGACGUCCGGCUCUGACUGCGGCCCGUCCACCGCGCAGUCGACCGGUGCGGUGCGUUCACUGUCGGCUGUGGUCGACUCGCAGAGAGCCGAGCAGAGCCAGAGGAAACACCUGGAGGCUCUGUUCAACAGAUAUGGAGAAAACGGCACCAUCUCUCUGGCCGGUUUGAAGCGUCUCCUACAGAAUGUGGGGUUGGAUCGCAUCAGGACUGUUAUGGUGCAACAUCACGAGCAACCGGGCCACCAUCAUAACCACCAUCACCACCACCAUCAACACCAGGGAGGCCACCACCUCCACGAAGACCACCACAACAACUCGCACCCCCACAAACAUGCCGACCCUUCACAGCACAGGAAGUUUCCAAAGACCUCUGAGGUCUCCAAAGACCAGGACAGCCACCACAACCUGCACGACAAGAAGACCACGGCGGCGCAGGAGGUCGGCAUCACGGCGGUGUACAGUGCCCAGCUGAUGGCGAGAUCAGAUGGAGUCAAUAAGAGACUAGACGGCAGCCUGGGACCACCUGGUCCUACUGGGGGGGAAACCACCAGAGCGUCUGCUGCCAGACUGGUCACUGAGAGCCAGACUCAGGCAGCUGCAGUCAGCAGGGGGGACCAAGACCACGGGCACGACCACAUGAACCAGGAUGUUCCCCACAACAGAAGUGUGGACAGUGUGGAGUGUCAGAACGCCUCCAGCAUCUUGUCGUCACACGGGAUGUCUCAGGAGGGGGGGGUGAUGCUCGCCGACUUCAGCUUCCUCUGCCCCGCCCUCCUCAGCCAGAUAGACGGCGGCGCGUGCAUCCUGCACGGAGGCCCUGCAGAACACGAGGGGGGAGGUACGAGUCCGUCUGUUCAAACUAACACUGAUGUUCACGUGUCAUGUACAGUUGUGUGAAAAAGUGUUUGCCCCCUUCCUGAUUUCUUAUUUUUU